AUGGAGACUACAAGUGACGGAAAGAUCAAGAUGCCUCGGGUGGCAAAGGUGAAGAACAAAAUGGCAGCUCCUGUCCAGAUAACGGCAGAACAGCUGUUGAGAGAGGCCAAAGAAAGAGAGCUGGAGCUUGUACCACCUCCACCCAAGCAGAAAAUAUCUGAUCCAGAAGAGCUUGCAGAUUAUCGUAUGAGGAAACGAAAGAUGUUUGAAGACAACAUAAGAAAGAGCCGUUCGGUAAUGGCAAACUGGAUCAAGUAUGCUCAGUGGGAAGAGAGUCAAAAGGAGCUGCAAAGAGCCAGGUCAAUCUGGGAGCGAGCCUUGGAUGUUGAUCACAGGAACAUUACAGUUUGGCUGAAAUAUGCUGAAAUGGAGAUGAGGUGCCGACAGAUCAACCAUGCCCGCAACAUCUGGGAUAGAGCUGUCUUGGUCCUACCAAGAGCCAACCAGUUUUGGUACAAAUAUACUUAUAUGGAAGAGAUGCUGGGAAAUAUAGCAGGUGCGCGGCAAGCAUUUGAGCGAUGGAUGGAGUGGGAGCCAGAGGAGCAGGCUUGGCAUUCAUAUAUUAAUUUUGAACUCCGUUACAAAGAGCUGGACCGGGCAAGGACGGUGUAUGAGAGAUAUAUCCUUUGUUUAGCAGUAAUAUGGCUUUUUUUCUUAACCUGUGUACUUGUCCUGGUUCACCCUGAAGUCAAAAACUGGAUUAAGUAUGCCAAGUUUGAGGAAAAGAAUAGCUAUAUCAACAGUGCUCGCUUCAUUUAUGAAAGAGCUGUAGAGUUUUUUGGAGAAGACAACAUUAGUGAAUACCUGUUGAUUGCUUUUGCAAAGUUUGAGGAAGGUCAGAGAGAGCAUGACCGAGCCAGGGUCAUCUACAAAUAUGCACUGGACCACCUACCCAAGGAGCGCUGUGAAGAAAUCUACAAGCACUAUACGAUUCAUGAGAAAAAGUUUGGGAGUCGGGCAGCAAUUGAGGAUGUUAUUGUCAGCAAAAGGAGGUUUAAGUAUGAAGAGGAAAUUAAGGCCAACCCAAUGAACUAUGAUGCCUGGUUUGAUUACCUACGCUUACUGGAAUCUGACGGAAAUGUUGAACAAGUCAGAGAAGCAUAUGAGAGAGCUAUAGCAAAUGUGCCACCAUCACAGGUCAAAAGGCACUGGCGGAGAUACAUUUAUCUGUGGAUCAAUUAUGCUCUCUUUGAGGAGCUAGAAGCACAAGACUUUGAAAGGACAAGAGAUGUUUACAAGGCUUGUCUGGAUGUAAUACCGCUGAAGAAAUUUACAUUUGCCAAAAUCUGGCUUAUGUUGGCUCAGUUUGAAAUCAGGCAGAAAAACUUGAAUGGUGCAAGGAAAGUUCUGGGUACAGCAAUUGGCCGGUGUCCAAAGAGCAAAAUCUUUAGGGGAUAUAUUGACUUGGAGCUUCAGUUGAGAGAGUUUGAUCGUUGUCGCAUGCUGUACCAGAAGUUUUUAGAGUUCAGCCCGGAAAAUUGCACGACAUGGAUGAAGUAUGCUGAGCUGGAGACUAUCCUUGGGGACGUAGAGAGAGCCCGAUCUAUCCUGGAGCUGGCCAUCAAUCAGCCCCGCCUGGACAUGCCCGAAGUCUUGUGGAAAUCUUACAUUGACUUUGAGGUGGACCAGGAGGAGUAUGAGAAUGCUCGGAAACUGUACAAGCGGUUGCUGCAGCGGACACAACAUGUGAAGGUGUGGAUCAGUUAUGCCAAGUUUGAAUUAUCACUCCCUGAAGAUGGUGCCCUGGCCAGAUCUAGAGCCGUAUAUAGAGAGGCCAAUCGGGCACUGAAAAACUCACCAGAUAAAGAGGAACGUUUGUUAUUACUGGAGGCAUGGCAGUCUCUGGAGGAGGAGGCGGGAGAUGAGCAGUCAAGGCAGGAAGUGGAGAAGCUGAUGCCACAGAAAGUCAAGAAAAGAAAGAAGAUUCAAACAGAGGAUGGGCUGGAUGCCGGCUGGGAGGAGUACUUUGACUACAUCUUCCCAGACGAGGAGCUGGCCAAGCCCAACCUCAAACUGUUGGCCCUGGCUAAAAAGUGGAAGGAAACCAAGGAAACAACGGAAGAGAACUCUGAAAGCUGA